UCCCAUGAAAUUCAUUUGAGCUCUCUGUCCGGCUAGCUGUUUGGAUUUAUCCCAAUUAAGAGAUUCAUAAACAAGAAAGAGGAGAACGAUGAUGUCUAGAAGCGCGUCAGUAGAGGAUGCGAAGGUUCCUUUACUGGAUGAUUGCGGUUCAGCCGUCAGAUCAAAAGUUGGAAAAGAUGAUGAUGAUGAUCAGGACCAAGAUCUGGCACGGAGGGUUUGGAUCGAGUCUAAGAAGCUGUGGCACAUAGUGGGUCCUGCAAUCUUCAGCCGCCUCGCCUCCUACUCCAUGUUGAUCAUCACCCAAGCCUUUGCCGGCCACUUGGGUGACCUUGAGCUCGCUGCAAUUUCCAUUGCCAAUAAUGUUGUCGUCGGCUUCGACUUUGGCCUCUUGCUGGGAAUGGCAAGCGCUUUAGAAACGCUAUGUGGGCAAGCUUUUGGGGCAAAAAAGUACCACAUGUUGGGUGUAUACAUGCAGCGAUCGUGGAUCGUUCUUUUCACGUGCUGCGUACUGCUUUUGCCUCUCUAUCUCUUUGCCUCUCCGGUGCUGAAGCUGCUGGGACAGCCUUCAGAAGUGGCGGAGCUAUCUGGGCGUGUGACAAUGUGGAUGAUACCGCUUCAUUUUAGCUUCGCAUUUCAGUUCCCUCUCACGAGAUUCUUGCAGAGCCAGCUCAAAACUGCGGUGACUGCGUGGGUGUCUCUGGCGGCACUUGUGGUCCAUGUCAUUCUGAGUUGGCUGUUUGUGUUUAGGCUUCAACUUGGAGUUGUUGGAAUUGCAGUUACUUUGAACUUUUCUUGGUGGGUUCUGGUCUUUGGGCUUCUGGGUUAUGCUGUUUGCGGUGGUUGUCCUCUUACAUGGACUGGUUUCUCCAUUGAAGCAUUUUCUCAUCUCUGGGAUUUUGUCAAACUUUCAGCUGCUUCCGGACUCAUGCUUUGCUUAGAGAAUUGGUAUUAUAGAAUACUGAUAUUGAUGACUGGAAAUCUACCGAAUGCAGAAAUUGCCGUGGAUGCUUUGUCCAUAUGCAUGGCAAUAAAUGGAUGGGAGAUGAUGAUUCCUCUUGCAUUCUUUGCCGCAACCGGAGUGAGGGUCGCAAAUGAGCUUGGAGCUGGCAAUGGAAAAGGAGCCAAAUUUGCUACGAUAGUGUCGGUGGUAACAUCAGUUAUAAUUGGUCUCUUCUUCUGGUUAUUGAUUAUGAUUUUCCACAAUGAGUUUGCCUUGAUCUUCUCUUCAAGCAAACCUGUCCUCCAAGAAGUCAACAAGCUUUCAGUCCUCCUAGCCUUCACUAUUUUUCUCAAUAGUGUUCAGCCAGUUCUCUCUGGCGUGGCUGUGGGAUCGGGAUGGCAAUCAUAUGUUGCCUACAUAAACUUAGGUUGCUACUAUCUCAUUGGGGUGCCUCUCGGAUUUUUCAUGGGCUGGUUCUUCCAUCAAGGAGUUAUGGGAAUUUGGGCUGGAAUGAUUUUUGGUGGGACAGCAGUUCAAACCUUGAUAUUGACCAUCAUUACCAUACGAUGUGACUGGGAAAAAGAGGCAGAGAAAGCUACGACGCACCUAAUGAACUGGGCAGCGGACACAAAUUAAGUAAGAAAUGCCUCCUUGGUUGAGGCAUUUCUUAUUGGCAUUACAUUACAUUAUGGAUUGGAUCGAUGGGCUCAUAGGUUUAGUUUUCUGCCUUGUUUUACAAUUCUCCUACUUCCAAUAUUGGCCUUUGAACUUUAUUGGCAUUGAAAUGCCUCCUUGGUCCAUUACUGAAUGAAAUUACAAGAGCACUAUUGAUUGUUUUUAAA